AUGAUAUUUCUUGGCGGUCACCGCACGCGCCCGAACUGGUCGCCGCAGGAGGACCUGAUUCUGCUGCAGCAUGUUGCUCGCCAUGGCACGCGCAACUGGGGUUCGCUUCAGGCGAGCGGUAUGCUGCCGCUCCGCGACCAGAAGGCCUGCUGCAACCGCUUCAUUCUCCUCAAGAAGCGGUGUAUCAAGGACAAGCGGAGCCUCUCGCAUCUGCUUCACCGCGCCAAAGACUCCGUCGUCGCACCCGAGGCUAGCACUCAGCAGAACCAGAUUGCGUCGUCGAGCUCCUUGGCAACUCCUUCCUUUUCGAGCCAACUGCAGCUUCCGGCAUUGAGCGGCGCCAGCCUUGGCCUCAACAGCAAAUCACGGCCCUCGUUCAAGAGCGGAAGUCCCACCAGCGCUUCCGCCAUCGCCGCCGCUACCGCGGCCUUCAAUGCUCCUUCCGCCCCAGCGUCACCGACCGCUGUUCGAAGUCCCGUUUCCUUUGUCCAGCAGGAGCAACAGCAGCAGCAAAAGAUUCAGCAGGCACUUGCUGGUUCCGCUUACUUACAGCAGCCUGGUGCUAACACUUCCAACGCGGCUUUGGGAAGCGGAAACUUUUCAGGGGUUCCGCUUCUCCAGAUGCCUGCGCUCAAUCCGUCGACGCCUCUCAGCAUGUCCAUGCAGCUCGCCAAUCUCAAGUCGCGAUUGGCUCUCCAGCCUGGCUCGCUCCUCGCGCAAGCCCUUCGCCUGACGCAGCAGCCAGACUUCGCGUCAGUCGCCGAUCUUCCCCUCCUCACGAACGUGCGGAAACUCGCCAAAUCGUCAUCCUCGUCGUCUCUCACCGCAGCAGCAUCUGCUCCAGCUGCGGUCGGCUCUCCUCCCUACUCUUCUGCUCCCUCUGGCUGCUCCUCCCCGUCAGACGUCGCUGCGGCAAGCGAGCCGCUAAUUUCGCGACGGUCUUCUCUUUCCUCGACCGGCGUGUGUCGGUCAUCUAAUGCGUUGUUCGCUGCUGCUGAUGGAAUCCAUGGCACCGGUCGCUUCGCUCCAGUUGCGCGCAUGCCGUCGUUUGAUGUCAGUUCGGUCUGCACAGGCCUGGCUUCUGCCACUGUUCCUGGUAGUGCUUCUGCUGAUGCGUCUGCUGAAGCUGUUGUGCCUUCAUCUGUUCUUCCUGUCGUUUCUGCUGCGAGUGGCCACACUUUCACGGGCGGUGGUGGUGGAGUGGAGGGAGGUGGUGGUGGAGGCGCCGACGAUGCUUUCGCUCCUCUGCCCAACUCCUGCUUCACUGCUCUUCUCACCUCCUCUGCCUCCGUCAAUCAUCGCCUCGCUUCGAUGGCAGCUCCAGCGCCUGUGAUUUCCCACACGUGGAGGCCACAGGGCAACGCCAGGUGCCUUCAGAAGUCGUUGCCUGUGGAGUCAGGGAGUGGGGAGAGCCGGGAGAUGCAGAUUCAGCAGCAACAAGUGUACCGGUUUCAGCAGCAGGCUCUGAACUUGAAGCUGCAACAGCAGCAGCAACAGGAAGAGGAAGGAGAGCAGCAAGUCAUGUCCCAGCGGCCUGAUGUGAUGCUGCUGGAGGCGUUUUCAUCUGCUCGCCACACCAGUAAUGAGAGUCUUCAUUGCAGUCAGAAUGACCUCCAGCAAAUGCUCGAUGCUGGUUCAGGAGAUGCAUGGGGUGCUCUGAACACAACUGAGGAUGCAAGAUUUGCUAAUAUUAUUUCCAGUGGUUCGCUUGAGGCUGUGGUUGCGGGCAGUGGUCAUAUUUCCGAGUUUCCUCUGACUUCCUUAGAUGAUCAGAAGCCGGUGGGAGGUCCUGAUUUCCAAAGCGAGGAGGCGAUGUUCUCGUGUCUCUCCCACAAUGGCAUGUUUGCUGACAUGCCCGCGAGCUUCUCAGAGUCUGACAUGCUCCAGGCGAUACAUGCUGAGAUGGAGUACAUCCUCGAUAACUCCUCCUCACCCUACGCGCAAGUGCUCGCCAGCUCGAGCCUCGUGAAGCAGGUCACGGACCACAGUCUGCCGGUGCAGCUACGACUCGAUAUACGCAACUACGUGGUGUCUUUUCUAGCCACCAAGGGACCCAAAGCAGAGUCCUUCGUGACAGCUUCUCUGGUGCAGCUGCUGUGCCGGAUCUCCAAGCUGGGGUGGUACGACGACGAGCGGUUCAGAGACAUCGUGGACGAAUGCACCAAGUUCCUCGCACAGGGUACAGCGGAGCAUUUCUUCCUAGGCCUCAAGAUUUUCAACCAGCUCGUGGCAGAGAUGAACCAGCCGAGUCCAGGCCGGUCCCUAACCUUCCAUCGCAAGACAGCCUGCUCCUUCCGAGACCUGGCGCUCUUUGCCAUCUUCCAGAUCUCCCUCACCAGCCUCCGACAGUUGCAGUCCGACGCUGACGACAAGCUGAGGGCGGAGGCAGUCUCCCUGGCGCUGCGCUGCCUCUCGUUCGACUUCGUGGGCACGUCAUUGGACGAGAGCUCAGAGGAGCUGGGAACCAUCCAGGUGCCUUCGUCGUGGAGGGCAGUGCUGGAGGACACGUCCACCAUGCAGCUCUUCUUCGACUACUAUGCCGCCACCAAGCCCCCCCUUUCAAAUCAGGCUUUGGAAUGCUUGGUGCGUCUAGCCUCGGUCCGCCGGUCGCUCUUCACAGGGGAAGCAGAGCGCCUCAAGUUCCUCUCGCACCUCAUGAACGGUUCCACGGAGAUCCUGCGCUCCAAGCAGGGCCUGUCGCAGCACGACAACUACCACGAGUACUGCCGCCUGCUGGGCCGCCUCAAGACCAACUACCAGCUGGCCGAGUUGGUGAAUGCGGACAAUUAUGCCGAGUGGGUGCAGCUUGUAGCCGAGUUUACAAUCACCUCGCUGCAGUCCUGGCAGUGGGCGAGCGGCAGUGUGUAUUUCCUGCUGGGCCUCUGGUCGCGCCUGGUCUCCUCAAUGGCCUACACCAAGAGCGACUGUCCCAGCCUGCUGGAUAACUUUGUGCCUCAGAUUACGGAGGCUUACAUAACAUCCCGCCUCGACUCCGUUCAGGCAGUGCUUCAGAACAACCUAUCAGAGGAUCCGCUGGACAACGACGAGCAGCUACAAGACCAGCUAGACAAUCUCCCCUACCUCUGCCGGUUCCAGUUUGACCGGACCAGCAAGUUCAUCAUCAGCCAUCUAGAGCCCAUCAUGCAGUCAUAUACGGAGGCGGCACGGUGGCAGCCGGCUGUAGCGGCGAGCAGCAGCAGCCAGGCGGCGCUACAGGUGAUGGAAAGCCAGCUGACGUGGAUUGUGCACAUCAUUGGCGCCAUUGUCCGGGGCCGACUCAGCUCCAGCAGUGGCGAUUCGCAGGAGCUGAUUGAUGGGGAGCUGGCAGCAAGGGUGUUGCAGCUCAUUCAAGUCACCGACACAGGACUCCAUGCACAGCGCUAUGACGAGCGCAGCAAGCAGCGGUUGGACCUGGCGGUGCUCUCCUUCUUUCAGAACUUCCGCCGCGUCUACGUGGGCGACCAGGCCAUGCACGCCUCCAAGAUCCUCUAUGCCCGCCUGGCUGACCUACUGGGCUUGCAAGACCACCUGAUGGUUCUCAACGUGAUUGUAGCAAAGAUAGCCACCAACCUCAAGUGCUACACCAAGAGCGAGGACGUGAUCGAACAAACGUUGAACCUUUUCCAAGAGCUUGCAGGGGGCUACAUGAGUGGCAAGCUGCUGUUGAAACUGGACUCUGUCAAUUUUAUCCUAGCCAAUCACACAAGCGAGCACUUCCCCUUCCUGGACGAGCCGAGCAGCACGCGCAAUCGCACCAUCUUCUACUUCACCCUCACCCGCCUCCUCUUCAUGGAGGACUCGCCCCAGAAGUUUAAAGCCUUCGUGGCCCCUCUGCAGCUGGUGUUUGUGAAGCUGGAGUCUAUGCCAGACGCCUCCUUCCGCACAGAGCCAGUCAAGUUCGCCCUCAUCGGCCUCUUCAGAGACUUGAGAGGAAUCACCAUGGCCACCAACAGCCGGCGCACGUUCGGGCUGCUCUUUGACUGGCUGUACCCGGCCCACAUGCCGCUCAUUCUGCGCACCGCCCAGUUCUGGUCCGACACCCCCGCGGUCACCACGCCUCUCCUCAAGUUCUUUGCCGAAUUCGUGGUCAACAAGACGCAGCGCCUCACCUUUGACUCGUCGUCGCCAAAUGGCAUCCUGCUCUUCCGGGAAGCUUCCAAGCUGGUGGUGACGUACGGCAAGCACGCCCUUGCCAUGCCCACCGGCGCACACCCUUACACGGCCAAGUACAAGGGCGUGUGGAUCGCACUCACUGUGCUCACGAGAGCCCUGGCAGGGAACUACGUCAACUUUGGAGUCAUGGAGCUGUAUGGAGACACUGCCCUGCCCGAUGCUCUCGACGUGGCCCUCAAGCUCUGCCUCUCCAUCCCUCUGCCUGAAAUCAUGGCCUUCAGAAAGCUCGCCCGCGCAUAUUUCGCCUUCCUAGAGGUCCUCUGUCACAACCACACGCUCGUCAUCAUCAAUCUGCCCACCGCCACGUUCAGCCACCUGGUGGGGUCGCUGGAUACAGGGCUCAAGUGCCUUGAUGUUUCGAUCUCCUCACAGUGCGCCUCAGCAGUGGACAACCUAGCAGCCGACUACUUCAACAACGUCACAGCAGCGGAUGCACCCUCCUCUCCAACCUCUCUUGAAUCUGUCCUCCCUCCCUUCUCUCCCGCCCUCCAAACUUCUUCAAUCCAGUGUGCCUCAGCAGUGGACAAUCUAGCAGCCUACUAUUUCAACAACGCCACGGCAGGGGAUGUCCUUUUCAGUCCAGCUGCUCUAAACUCUGUCCUCGCCUCCUUUUCCCCCCCACCACCCACGUCUCUCCAGUGUGCCUCAGCAGUGGACAAUCUAGCAGCCUACUAUUUCAACAACAGGAGUGCAAGGGGUGGACUGGACCCACGCUGUCCCUCUGCCUUCAUCUCCUCUUCCGAGUUGACUUUUGAGUCGACUCAAAAGUCAACUCACAAUCCACUACUUGGCCAACUAGAGGAGUGCAAGGGGUGGACUGGACUGGACCCACGCUGUCCGUCUGCCUUCAUCUCCUCUUCCUCUCCUUGCCUUGCCUGCUCUGCUCUCUCCAUUCUUUCUGCUCUUGCUUCUCUUUCUGCUCUCUCUGCUCCCCCUGUUCUCCACGUGCUACCUCCAGAUCCUCAAGACGCUGUUCGAGAUCGUGUUAUUCGAGGACUGUGCCAACCAGUGGAGCCUCAGCAGACCCAUGCUCUCCCUUAUCCUGCCAUCGAAUCAGCGGAGUGCUUUGACAAGCUGAUGGCGGAUGUGGGGCGGAACCUCGACCCAAACCCCCGCUUGUCCCUCUCUCCCUAUCUCCCUAUCUCCCAGCCAUCGGAUCAGCGGCCGCGCAUAGCAGAGUGCUUUGACAAGCUGAUGGCGGAUGUGGGGCGGAACCUCGACCCAAACCCCCGCUUGUCCCUCUCUCCCUAUCUCCCUAUCUCCCAGCCAUCGGAUCAGCGGCCGCGCAUAGCAGAGUGCUUUGACAAGCUGAUGGCGGAUCCAUCGGAUCAGCGGCCGCGCAUAGCCGAGUGCUUUGACAAGCUGAUGGCGGAUGUGGGGCGGAACCUCGACCCAAACCCCCGCUUGUCCCUCUCUCCCUAUCUCCCUAUCUCCCAGCCAUCGGAUCAGCGGCCGCGCAUAGCCGAGUGCUUUGACAAGCUGAUGGCGGAUGUGGGGCGGAACCUCGACCCAAACCCCCGCUUGUCCCUCUCUCCCUAUCUCCCUAUCUCCCAGCCAUCGGAUCAGCGGCCGCGCAUAGCCGAGUGCUUUGACAAGCUGAUGGCGGAUGUGGGGCGGAACCUCGACCCAAACCCCCGCUUGUCCCUCUCUCCCUAUCUCCCUAUCUCCCAGCCAUCGGAUCAGCGGCCGCGCAUAGCAGAGUGCUUUGACAAGCUGAUGGCGGAUGUGGGGCGGAACCUCGACCCAAACCCCCGCUUGUCCCUCUCUCCCUAUCUCCCUAUCUCCCAGCCAUCGGAUCAGCGGCCGCGCAUAGCAGAGUGCUUUGACAAGCUGAUGGCGGAUGUGGGGCGGAACCUCGACCCAAACCCCCGCUUGUCCCUCUCUCCCUAUCUCCCUAUCUCCCAGCCAUCGGAUCAGCGGCCGCGCAUAGCAGAGUGCUUUGACAAGCUGAUGGCGGAUGUGGGGCGGAACCUCGACCCAAACCCCCGCUUGUCCCUCUCUCCCUAUCUCCCUAUCUCCCAGCCAUCGGAUCAGCGGCCGCGCAUAGCCGAGUGCUUUGACAAGCUGAUGGCGGAUGUGGGGCGGAACCUCGACCCAAACCCCCGCUUGUCCCUCUCUCCCUAUCUCCCUAUCUCCCAGCCAUCGGAUCAGCGGCCGCGCAUAGCCGAGUGCUUUGACAAGCUGAUGGCGGAUGUGGGGCGGAACCUCGACCCAAACCCCCGCUUGUCCCUCUCUCCCUAUCUCCCUAUCUCCCAGCCAUCGGAUCAGCGGCCGCGCAUAGCAGAGUGCUUUGACAAGCUGAUGGCGGAUGUGGGGCGGAACCUCGACCCAAACCCCCGCUUGUCCCUCUCUCCCUAUCUCCCUAUCUCCCGGCCAUCGGAUCAGCGGCCGCGCAUAGCCGAGUGCUUUGACAAGCUGAUGGCGGAUGUGGGGCGGAACCUCGACCCAAACCCCCGCUUGUCCCUCUCUCCCUAUCUCCCUAUCUCCCAGCCAUCGGAUCAGCGGCCGCGCAUAGCAGAGUGCUUUGACAAGCUGAUGGCGGAUGUGGGGCGGAACCUCGACCCAAACCCCCGCUUGUCCCUCUCUCCCUAUCUCCCUAUCUCCCAGCCAUCGGAUCAGCGGCCGCGCAUAGCCGAGUGCUUUGACAAGCUGAUGGCGGAUGUGGGGCGGAACCUCGACCCAAACCCCCGCUUGUCCCUCUCUCCCUAUCUCCCUAUCUCCCAGCCAUCGGAUCAGCGGCCGCGCAUAGCAGAGUGCUUUGACAAGCUGAUGGCGGAUGUGGGGCGGAACCUCGACCCAAACCCCCGCUUGUCCCUCUCUCCCUAUCUCCCAGCCAUCGGAUCAGCGGCCGCGCAUAGCCGACCAUCGGAUCAGCGGCCGCGCAUAGCCGAGUGCUUUGACAAGCUGAUGGCGGAUGUGGGGCGGAACCUCGACCCAAACCCCCGCUUGUCCCUCUCUCCCUAUCUCCCUAUCUCCCAGCCAUCGGAUCAGCGGCCGCGCAUAGCAGAGUGCUUUGACAAGCUGAUGGCGGAUGUGGGGCGGAACCUCGACCCAAACCCCCGCUUGUCCCUCUCUCCCUAUCUCCCUAUCUCCCAGCCAUCGGAUCAGCGGCCGCGCAUAGCAGAGUGCUUUGACAAGCUGAUGGCGGAUGUGGGGCGGAACCUCGACCCAAACCCCCGCUUGUCCCUCUCUCCCUAUCUCCCUAUCUCCCAGCCAUCGGAUCAGCGGCCGCGCAUAGCAGAGUGCUUUGACAAGCUGAUGGCGGAUGUGGGGCGGAACCUCGACCCCAAGAACCGAGACAAGUUCACUCAGAAUCUAACCAUUUUCCGGCACGACUUCCGUGCUAAGUAA